UGUUGUUUUCGUGGUGUUUUAUUGAUAAUAAUAAAUAAAUACACGAUUAUUGCGAAAUAAUAUUGUAUCGCGAUGACUAACAGUAUCGGUAAUUAGUGCAAUAAAAUCCGCGUAGUUAAUCUUAGACUUUCUAUGAAAAUUAAUGGUUCUACUUUGUGCAAUCUACCUACAAGCUACAUAGUCAGGCAUAUUUUUGUAAAUUAUUGCUGUGACUUCGUAUUUCAUAUCUUAUUUUCCAAUAAGACGUUUUUAAAGGUUAAAGUGUUUAACGAGAUAUGAACAGAGUAAUCUUCAUAAUAUAAAUUUAAUAAGCAAUCUGAGAAAGUUUAAGAUCUAAUGACUUGACUUACGCCGAGUCAAAAUGACGUCGUUUGCUAAUAUGACGCAGUCGCUGGCGGCCAGUUUACCGGCCACAUCUACCUCGUCCUCGAGCGCUAACCAUGGCGCGACUGAUCAAGAAGAUCCACUCGGCAUGUCUAACAUCAUAUGUAGCCUUCUUGAGAAUAUGAACAAACCUUCUACCAUGCAGGGUGGACCAUCCAACUCCAGUUCAUCGACUUUACCUUACGAUAUCUGGGCUCUACCAUCUUGCAGCUCUUUACCAAACCCCAUAGGGAGCUCGAGUCGUGACUAUGGAUCGACAUCUAAUAAUAACAACAAUGCGAGUCAUUCCAAGGAAGACAACUCGAGCGGGUCGCCUGGAACAUCCUCGUCAGUUUCGAUCACCUGCUUCCGUUGCGAGGAACGGACGCCGACCAUGCGUUGCCUCGAAUGCAAUGAUCUAUUCUGUCACGAAUGCUGUCAUAAAGUGACUUCUGACUGCCAAUUACGUGAACAUACUUUGCUUCCGAUUCAUCAGAUUUCACCGAUCGGAGCAAGACCCAAUUCUGUUACGAAUGAUAAGGAAGUCAUGUAUUGCGAGCUGCAUUGUGAUCCGGUGAGAUAUUACUGCGAAGCUUGCAUUAUCUUUAUUUGCCAGGAAUGCACUUUAUGGGUGCACAAAGAUCAUUGCUACACUCCAAUAAAAGGUGCGUUGGACAUGUGCCGUAUUGGUGUAUUUCGGGCCAUCGAAGAUACAAAGACUGGCACAAAGGCAAUAAAAACAGCCAUUGAUCGUGCCGUCGCCAUGUCUAAAGCGUACGAAAAAGAGACAGCCGAAGCUAACAUGAAAAUCAGAAAGGCAAUGCGUUGUUUUGCCCAAGCAAUUGAAGAUCGUGAAAAAUAUCUAUUGGAUAAAGUAGAAAAGAUGCGACAGGCCAAAAUGAACGACCUAACUGAUCACAUGAAUACACUAAGGGGUAUACUAGCAGGGCUAGCUCACACUAACGAAACGUUAGUGAGGAGUAUGGAUUCAGAAGGAAUUGACUUGUUUAUGGCCAAAGAAAAAGGAAGAGCUCAAGUAGAUUAUUUCUCGUGCAUGUUCAAAAAUAUGUACGUUAAUGAAGAGCGGAUUAUGUUUAUACCACCUAAUUACGAUUUAGUAGAUCAGAUAAAAAGGCAAUGCGAUCUGCAGCUGGCACCAGUAAAUGCUCUACAUUCUUUGACAUCGUCAUCGACGCUGCAAUCUCGCCAAUCCUUGCUGCAGUCUCUACAGUCAGCUCAAACCUUUUCGCCUUUGACAUAUCAAAUGUCGAUAACCAACAGCCUCCGCUCCUUACCAGACUAUACUACUAGUCAUACCAGAUCGACAAACUAUUACGACCAUAGUAUAUCUUCUAGUAUUUCGAUGGAGUCUAAUCCUGCGCGUGGUAUUGGUCAGGCUAUACCUGGAUAUUGGAUGUCAGUGUCCGUUAAGCCGACUAGGAGCCCAGUACCUGGCGUACCGAUGUUUUCUUUUGGUAGAGAAGGUCAAGAUGAAGGUCAAGUCUCCAGACCUUGGGGAUUAUGUGUCGAUAGAGAGGGCAAUAUCAUUGUGGCCGAUAGACGAAACAACCGUAUACAGAUCUUUAAUAACCGCGGCGAAUUUAGGACUAUGUUUGGCUCUAAGGGUACGGGCCCCGGCGAGUUUGACCUUCCCGCCGGCAUCACAACUGACACCUAUGGUCGCAUCAUCGUUAUCGAUAAAGAUAAUCACAGAGUGCAGAUAUUUACCUCGUCGGGUAAUUUUAUUCUUAAAUUUGGAUCGUUUGGAAAGGAAUGUGGACAGUUCCAAUACCCGUGGGACGUAGCAGUCAAUACUCUGGGUAACAUUGUGGUGACAGAUACGCGUAACCAUCGUAUUCAGCUAUUUACUAGCGAUGGAACAUAUAUAACCAAGUUUGUAUUCGAAGGAGCCAAUCCUGCGAAACUACUGAAAGGACCUACAACUCCUAGAGGAGUUUGUUUUACGACUUCCGGUAAUAUAAUAGUAUCGGACUUUGAAAAUCAUCGUUUACUCAUGGUGGAUCCGACGCUAUCCAAAGUCUUACAUUGCGUAGGCCGCGAAGGGUCCGGCAUAGGUGAGCUAAAUCGUCCAUCUGGCAUCGUAACAGAUGACGAUGGUCGGAUAAUAGUGGCCGAUUCAAAGAAUCACCGCGUCCUCGUUUUUACUUCGGAGCUGCGUAUACUUUGGGCCGUCGAUUUAAAGAGCCCCGGCUUGGACGACAAGGACCGUCCCAGCGACGUGGCUCUGACCCCCGAGGGCUACCUCGUAGUGUUGUUCGAGACGCUGCCUGACACCGCGCGCGACAUCUCCUCCCACGGCAAGCAAUACAUUAAGGUAUACUGACUGACUACUUUCGUAAAAUUACACUUUGGGCCGUAGGUCUCUUAUAUUUUAUUACAAGUAUUUUUGUUUUGUUUAAGUUGUGAUUUAUUUCAUAAUGUGCCAAUUUUAUUAUAUUUGAAACCGAAUCGAGCAUAGCUUGGGCGGAGGAUUAGUAUUUGUUCAUUUACAAACGUUGCACAAAUCGAAUUCUCCUUAAAAUCUUGAAACAACUUUGUUACCAUACAUAACUUUUGAUUUCGUUUCCGUAUCGGACUAGUCUUAAGGGCCAAACGUGGUUUGCAAUAAAUGCGCUACAAUUUCGUGGCAAUUUAUAGUUUGGAUAUUAUAUUUAAUCAUAUCUGAUAUACACCAAAUCAAUUACAGAAUUGUUUUCAGUUUCAAAAAUAGCAAUUUUCAGUUAUAUUAUGCAACGCAUAACGAAUUAAAUGGAAAUUGCCAAGACUUUUAUUAUGAUUAGGAUCACGAUGUGAUUUAAAAGAUGUUUUUUAUGUGAGAUAAUUUAAAAUUAGCUUGAAAAGUAUUUUUUUCCAAAAUGUUACUUUUUGCGUUCUUUUACUUGAUUAAUUUUGGUUAAUGGAUAUUUUGUCGUAAGGUUGUAGAUUUUAGUGAGUUAUUUUGCGUUUUGUAGAUCAUAAUAGUUUCCUUUUGCAGCUUCUAGUACUUGGCCUAUUUUUGCCCAUUAUUUUCAUGACUGCGUUUAGUUUUUCUUCAGAGAGACUCGAUCGAAAUGGGUGUAGGACAACAGUGCUAAGAAAUUAAAUGCAAUAAACUUUGAGACUGACUUUAGAAGACUGUCUUAAAGAUGAGGGGGUGGAUGUGCGCGUUCCGGGGUAG